AUGAAGCCGUCCGCCUCUCCGCGUCAGGCGGGCGUCAUGCUCGUGGCGGCCGCCGCCUUGGCUCAGGCACAAACAUCGCCAUUCUCUAUUGACAGCACUGCUGCCAUCAAGCAAAGUUCGUCCACUCUCGCCUGGGAUAUGCUGCAAUACUACAAGGGCAACUUGACCGGUCAGACGCCCGGUAUUCUGCCCGGUCCUCCCCCCGCGGGUGACUACUACUGGUGGGAAGGUGGUGCCAUGUGGGGGACGUUGAUCGAUUACUGGUACUGGACAGGCGAUUCGACGUACAACGACGAGGUCAUGCAAGCAAUGCAGUUUCAGGUCGGCGAGAACAAGGAUUACAUGCCUCGGAAUGUCACGGCGUCGCUGGGCAAUGACGACCAGGGCUUCUGGGGCAUGGCCGCCAUGUCUGCCGCCGAGAAUGCCUUCCCUAAUCCGCCAUCCGAUAAGCCGCAAUGGCUAGAGCUUGCACAGGCCGUCUUCAAUACCCAGGCCAGUCCUGAUCGCCACGACUCCACCUGUGGCGGUGGCCUGCGAUGGCAGAUUCCCUUUGCCAACAACGGAUACGACUACAAGAACAGCAUCGCCAAUGGCUGCUUCUUCAAUAUGGGUGCCCGUCUGGCCCGCUACACGGGCAACAACACGUACUCGGACUGGGCCGACAGGACCUGGGAUUGGAUGUGGCGCAUUGGGUUCAUCGACAACAAGAACUACGCCAUCUACGACGGUGCCAAGGUCGGCAACGGCUGCAAGGAUAUCAACAAGGCCGAGUUCUCUUACAACAAUGCCGUCUUUGCAGAAGGCGUCGCCUUCAUGUACAACUACACAAACGGAAACGCAACGUGGAAGGCAAGACUGGACGGACUCAUCAAACACGGAAUGGAGACUUUCUUCCCCAAGGGCAUCGCCGUCGAGGUUUCGUGCGAAAAUCCCGGAACCUGCACCACGGAUAUGCUCACGUUCAAGGGCUUCUUUCACCGCUGGUACUCGGUCAUCACGCAACUCGCGCCCUACACGGCCGAGACGAUCCGACCAGUCCUGAAGACCUCUGCCGAGGCUGCAGUCAAGCAGUGCACAGGGCCGCCGCUGGGUCGCCAGUGCGGCUUCAAGUGGGCCAGCGGCGUCUACGACGGCAAGACGGGCGCCGGUCAGGAGAUGUCAGUUCUCUCGGCCGCCAUGUCCCUCCUCAUCCCCCAGGCCAAGGUGCCGUUGACGGAGAAGAAUGGCGGCACAUCCAAGGGUGAUCCCAACGCCGGCGGCAGUGGUGACAAUGCUCAGAAGAAGAGCAAGCCCAUUACAACGGCCGACAAGGCCGGCGCUGGCAUCCUCACCAUCCUCGUGUUGGGGUCUGCUUGCGGCGUCUUUGGUUGGAUGAGCGUGGUGGUUGCGAGAGAAGACAGGUUGUCUCUUUUCUUGGCCGUCGCGGCAAGGAAAUCAGUCAGGCCGAGACGAAGCGUUCCAUCCGCCGCGCUGCUGCUGGCUUUCUACUGGCGGGGUCCCGCCACCGACCGCCGACCGCCGACCACCGACCACCGACCACCACCGCCGACCACCACCGACCGGACCGGUGGCCCAGAGCCCAGACCGACGCCGACGACGGCUGGGCAUAGCAAAACCACCCACCGCACCAAGCACCAAGCCCAGGCGACGGCAAUGCCGGCGUCGUACCUCGUCGCGGAGCCCGCCCCCUCGGCGACGUCGUACGUGCGGUGCGGCCGCGGCGGCGCGGCGUCCCUCGACGACGCCGUCCGCCACGCUGCCGCCCGCGACAGGGCCGCCGUGGGGUACUGCGGCCGCGGCGGCGCCGGCAACGUCUACCGCCGCGGGGAGGGCGAUGCCCUCUCCGAGUCCGAGUCCGCGGCGUCGUCUUCGGCUGCCGACACCGUCCGCGGCAGCGUCGCCUCCGCCUCCAAGGCUGGGCUGUGGGGUCGCGUCACGGCUUGGGGACGCAAGUGA